CAGAACAGCUGGUGGGGGCUCGUGUGAGGGGCUCGAGCCGAGCGGUUGGCUGGUUGCUGGGGGAAACAACAACAAGCUAACGUCAUGAGGGUCCCAGAAACUCUGAUUUGGGUCGUUUUUCUCCUCCAAAAGGUGGUGGGAGAGUAUGGCAUGGCCCAUUUCAGUGACAAGGGCAAAAGCAAAGGAAAGGAUUACUGCAUAUUCUUCAACUCGCAGUGGGCUCGUCUACCUCAGGACCUCAAUAAGGCAUCCCGUCUUCAGAUCUAUGACCUGACUACAUCGGUCCUGUGCUCGCUCUCUGAAGUCCCGGAGGGAGGCUUCCCAAACCGCAUCCCCAUGGUGAUGAGAGGCAACUGCACUUUCUACGAGAAAGUCCGACUAGCCCAGCUCAACGGCGCCAAGGGCCUGCUCAUAGUCAGCAAGGACAGACUGACACCACCUGCAGGAAACAAGACUCAGUACGAGGAGAUCGACAUUCCUGUGGCGCUGCUCAGCUACUCUGAUAUGCUGGACAUAAGCAAGGUGAGAGGCCGGUAG